CUUGCACGUAGGAACCUUUGUAAGGACCGUACAAAAUGCGACCGGGCUCCAAUAGUAGCGGACCGGAAGUUACAUUGUAUCAUCUCUAUUUCAGGUUUUUCCAGAUCACAAUGAGCUACUCCGACUACGACUCUGAUGGAUAUUCAUCUAAUGAAGACGCUGACUACGUCCCGUCAGAUGAUAACCUCAGUGAGGAUGACAUCAAUGAGUGUGAAAAGGAAGACCCUCUACAUGAGGAUGAUGUCGUGCCAUGUCCUGAUGGUAAUACCAAGAAGAAAAAGAAGAGGAAUGACAGCAAUUCAAGAAACAAGAAGAAAAGAGUUCAGGAGUUAAACAGGGACCGAGAUGGCAACAAGGCUGAACAAGUACAGCAGCUACAAGAAGAUGAAGAUAAGGAUGUUGACGAGAAACAGAAGAAAAAAUCAGAUGAUCUUUGGGCGAGUUUCCUGUCUGACGUUGGAUCCAGACCCAAGGAGUCUGCAUCUGGAUCCCAGUCCGAUUCCAAACAGGAGGCCAGUUCUGAUUCUUCGGGAUUGAAGUUUUCUUGUCUAAGUUCAGAAACUAAAGCAUCAGAACCUGCUAUGGUCACCAUCACCAAAGUGUUUGAUUUUGCAGGAGAAGAAGUCAGGGUGAAUAAAGAGGUGUCUGCAGACUCCCGAGAAGCUAAGAGUUAUCUGAAGAGUCAGACUGCUGAACAGGAGGAAAAUAGAAACCCAUCACCCAGCCAGCCACCGCUUCCUGGUCCAAGUGCGAAGCGUCCAGCCGGCAUGUCGAGCAUCCUGAGCCGCAUCGGGGGAAAGAAACAGAAAAUCAGCACACUAGAGAAGUCAAAGAUGGACUGGGAUACUUUUAAAUCAGAGGAGGGCAUCACAGAGGAGCUGGCCAUCCACAACAGAGGAAAAGAGGGUUAUGUGGAGCGGAAGAACUUCUUGGAGCGUGUGGACCAUCGGCAGUUUGAGCUGGAAAAAGCUGUGCGUCUGAGCAACAUGAAGCGAUGACAGCAGACGAUUCUUGUCAUGACAGAGUUGAUGUUCCUGCAGUAAAAGGAGCUCAAACUGCAGCUCUGUCUAUUUCAGGGUGGGUGUAUAAAUAGGUUGAGGUUGUGUAACGGUGCGUGUGUGUUCCCUGUGAGAACAGCCUUCACACUGGUUAUCUACACAGCAAUAUUCUCAUGUUAGACCUUAUUCUGAAUGAGACUCCAGCAAACAGUGUCCCCCGCCAUGAUGUUCGAGUCCACCGAGAGUCUUUAUUAUGUCCUAUAAAACACAGUGUGACUGAACAGUGAGGAAAAUGUAAAAACAUGUCUGAAUUUGCUGAUUAGGUCAUCUCUAACUCUGAAUACCUCAGUCAGGUUUAAAUGAUCAGAAAAUCAUUUUUAAGACUUUAAUCAGAUUAAUAUCAGAAUUUUGCUGUGCAUGUAAAUUUCUUGUCUUUUCAGUUUUUGACACAGGACUAAAAACCAGACUACGUAAGCUUCGAGCUUCCACCCAAAUAAAAAUAGAAUUGGACCUCAUCACGUUAUAAUGUUAUAGUUUUAUAGUAAAAACAUGAAACUGUUGUAUUAUGAAAGUUCCUUUGUAAAAACGUGCCGUUAUAACAUGGUAAGUUUUAUCACAUUAUAAGUUUCUAAACUUAUGUUAUAAAGUGUUUAUUGUACAAACAUUAAACUUGUCACGUUAUAAUGUCAUAAGUUUCAGGUUUUUGUAAUAAAAGUUAUUAUGUUACUACGUUAGUUUUAUAGUAAAAACAUAAAACUUUAUGUUGUAACAAGUUUUCCUACAAAAAUGUGAAAGUUUUUAUGUUAUAGCAUGAUAUGGUCCAGUCUGGUUUCUCCCUCGGGUGGCAGCUCUGUGGUUCUAUACCAGUCUGACGGUGAAGAACUGCUCUGCUUUAUCAAAACUUUGACACAUAUGUAUAGUUUUCCUUCUCAUUAAACCCUAUUUGCA